GUGGUGUAAUAAUAAUAAUAAUAAUAAUAAUAAUAAUAAUAAUAAUAAGCCUUGCAGGAACUGUAAUGGCUCACAGCUGCUCUGAUGAGGAUACUGAUAUUAGUGAAUCUGAAAUUAGUGAGUAUGAAGAUAAAUCCUAUGAAGAACUGAAAAAUGGAAGUCAGGAUGUGAGAACAUCGGGCAAGACUUUCACUUGCCCCUACUGCCCUAAAAAGAGAAAGCAGGAUUAUUUAUACAAGGAGCUCCUUCAACAUGCUUCUGGGGUGGGUCAGAGUAGUUCACAAAAGAGAAAAGCAAGAGACAAGGCUAAUCAUUUGGCUUUAGUGAAAUAUUUGAAAAAGGAUCUCAUGAAUGUAGAUGUUCCAUCAAAUGAUUCAAAACCGGAAGAUGAAAGUGAUCCUUCUGUUAAUUCUAAUGAUCAGUUUGUGUGGCCUUGGAUUGGAGUUGUAGUUAAUAUUCCAACUAGACGGACAGAAGAUGGACGCUGUGUUGGUGAGAGUGGUUCUAGGCUGAGGGAUGAGUACAGAAGCAGGGGUUUCAAUCCAGUGCGAGUUAAUCCUUUGUGGAAUUUCCGGGGUCACUCUGGAACUGCUCUUGUGGAAUUCAAUAAAAACUGGCCAGGCUUACAUAAUGCAUUGGCAUUUGAAAGAGCAUACGAAUUAGAUCAUCAUGGUAAAAAGGAUUGGUUUACUAAUUCUGGGCAGAAGUCUGGUCUUUAUGCAUGGGUUGCCCGGGCAGAUGACUACAAGAUGAACAGUAUUUAUGGAGAACAUCUGCGAAGGAUGGGUGAUGUCAAAACCAUAUCCGAGCUUAUGGAAGAAGAAGCUCGGAGGCAAGAUAAACUUGUCUCGAAUUUAACUAACAUUAUUCAGGUCAAGAAUAAGCACUUAAAAGAGAUAGAAGUGAGAUGCCACGAGACUACAGAUAAAAUGAACCUUGUUAUGAAGGAUAAAGAUAAACUCAUUCAAGCUUAUAAUGAAGAGAUACAGAAAAUACAGUCAAGUGCCAGGGAUCACUUCCAAAGGAUUUUUACUGACCAUGAAAAGCUCAAAUUGCAACUGGAAUCUCACAAAAAUGAGCUUGAGUUACGGAAAGUUGAAUUGGAAAAACGUGAGGCACAUAACGAAAGUGAAAGAAAAAAGUUGGCAGAAGAAAUUGAGGAGAAUGCAUCGAAAAAUACCUCUCUUCAGAUGGCUGCUUUAGAGCAAAUGAAAGCUGAUGAAAAUGUUAUGAAACUGGCUGAAGAUCAAAAGAGGCAAAAAGAACAACUCCAUGCUAAAAUCAUUCAGCUUCAAAAACAACUUGAUAUGAAACAAGAGCUGGAGUUGGAGAUUCAGCAAUUAAAAGGUUCAUUAAGUGUGCUGAAGCACAUGGAAGAUGACGAAGAUGCAGAAAUUCUGAAUAAGGUAGAUACACUACAAAAGGAUUUAAGGGACAAGGAGCAGUCACUUCAAGACUUAGAUGCAUUGAACCAAACACUAAUCAUUAAAGAGCGUGAGAGUAAUGAUGAGUUGCAGGAAGCUCGACAAGCAUUGGUUGAUGCCAUUAAAGAGUUGCAAUCUCAUGGAAAUAUUCGUUUGAAGAGAAUGGGGGAACUUGAUACUAGACCAUUCCUUGAAGCAAUGAAGCAAAGAUAUAAUGAGGAGGAUGCUGAAGAGAGAGCUUCAGAACUGUGUUCAUUGUGGGAAGAAUAUCUAAAGGACCCAGAUUGGCAUCCAUUCAAAGUUAUCAUGGUUGAAGGAAAAGAAAAGGAAAUUAUUAGAGAUGACGAUGAAAAGCUGAAUGGGUUGAAAAAUGACUUGGGUGAAGGGGCAUAUAAAGCAGUGGUGGAAGCUUUGUUGGAAAUAAAUGAACAUAAUCCUAGUGGACGAUACUUAACCUCAGUAUUAUGGAACUAUAAACAAGGAAGGAGAGCAACUCUGAAAGAAGGAGUACAAUUUCUGUCAAAUCAAUGGAAAGUUCUUAAACGCAAGAGGGGAAUGACGGUUCUUUGGUUUGGAAUAGAAAUAAUCAAAAUAGUCACAGGGACCUUCUGUAGCAAAAUGGUAGACUGUGAUCAUGAAGAGGAAGGUCCUAGUAAACAGAGCGAGGCUAUUGUGAGCCUUGAGAGGGAAAUUCAGAACCAGAAUCAGAAAUUUAUGGAUAUGGAGCAUAAGCACGCGGAGAAAGCUCUUAUUAUGGGUGAACUCAUGGUUGGACUAGCACAGAACAUUGAUUCCAGGCAAAGAAAUCUGUUGGAAAUGGAAAAAAAAGAUUCUAGGCCUGGUCCUGCAUAUCUAGUGACACUAAGACUUGUUUCUCCUGCAUUUGUUGAUCAUGUAAUGGAAAUUACCUCUCUCCACAUUGCUGCUGUGAAACAACAAAAUGAUUAUGAAAAUGCAUUGAAACUGGGUGAUGAUUUAAAGGAGCAAGUUAAACAACUCAAUGCUAAAUUCAUUGAAAAAGAAUAUCAACUGACAAGGAAACGAGAACUUGAACUUGAAUAUGACAAGGUAGUGAGCCUGUUGCUGUCACAGGAGACACUGAAACAAACAGAAUGGAAAGAUAAAAUGAAAAAUAACUAUCUUAUGGCUGCUGCUGUGAAGCAAACAAAAGCUGAAAGAAAUGUUAUCAAGGGUUGGCCAUCAAAGGAGAAGAGGAAGGAAUUGAAAAGCUUAUUGUUGCAUCCCUCUGUCUGGGAGAGUGAGUCCCUGCUGGAGGAAGAGAGGCAGAAGAUGGCAGAGUUGGUCUUAGAACUGAAGGCCGAAAACGAGAGCUUGAAGGCCAAAAACAAAGAGCUGGAGAAUUGGUCAGCAAAGAUGGAGCUCCACAAAUUUUGUGUUGAAAUGUGCAAACACAGUUACAAGUGUAAGGAGGCUCUCAGCAAGCAGAGAAUGGUUAUUGAGAGCCUUCAGAGGGAGAUUGAGUUCAAGAAUCAUAAGUUAAUGGAGAUGGAGCACAAACAUAGUGAGACACUUACAUCUGUGCGCAGACUUAUUGUAGGGCUUGUGGAGAAUAUUAAUUGCAAAGAAAGAAGUCUGCUUCAAAUGGAAUGCAAGCAUAGUGAAUCAUUGAACAUGGUUCAGAAGUUGAUGAAUGAGAGAGAUAAAUUGCAAGAAAGAUGUCAUCAAGAUUUACAAUUGACGAAGGUCACAAACGCUAAUAUGAAUCAUGACAUGGAAUGUCUAAAGAAAGACGAUGGGCAGAUUAUCAAGGAACUGGAGGAGAGUAAAGCUCUACAUGAUCUACAACAGAACUUCAUUGAGGAGAUUGAAAAGUUGAAAACAGAGUUAGGAGAUCAGAGUCAUGUAAGAAGUGGUGGGGAUUUGAACACUCAAAUUUCUACUUUCAGAAAUAAAUUAAAGGACAAAAUGGAAUAUUUGGACCAUGUAGAAACCCUUUAUAGUUCUUUAGUAGUUAAAGAGAACCAGUAUAGACAAGAACUACAUGAUGCUCGUGAAGAAUCUAUAAAGAGUUUGCGAGGUAUGUUCAGAGGUCGAUCUCAACUUGGAAUUAAGAGAAUGGGAGAAUUAGAUCCAAAACCUUUUCAACAUUUGUGCUUGCAAAAGUACUCAGAUGAACAAUGGCAGGAGAAAUCUGCUAAGUUAUGUUCAGCAUGGGAGGAAAAUCUGAAGGAUCCAACUUGGCACCCUUUCAACAAAAUUGAGGUCAAUGGCAUAUUACAGGAAACAUUAGAUGAAAAUGAUGAAAAAUUGAAAGGGCUGAGAAGUGAAUGCGGUGAAGCUGUGUACCAGGCUGUAACAAAUGCAUUAAUGGAAAUAGAAGAAUACAAUUCAAGUGGAAGAUAUGCAAUUGCUGAAAUUUGGAACUGGAAGGAGGGAAGAAAAGCCACUUUGAAAGAAAUUGUUCAACAUAUUAUUAGGCAAUUGAAUAGUCACAAGCGCAAAAGAAAGUAGAGCAUUUUCAUUAGGUCUUUUAAGCAUUUUUAAAUUUCACUCUCCAAUAUGUUAUUUGUUUUUCUGGUUUAAUUUACCAAAACUUAUCUUAUUAUGUUCAAAGGCAUGUAAUUGAUAUAUCAAAAAACAAAAUGGUAAUGUAAUAAU